UUAGUGUGGGUCAAAUGUACUGGUUUUAACAGCCGGUUAAAAAUGGGGCAGGCAACUGAUCGUUAAUUACACGAGUGUGUGUAAAAAAUAAAUAAAUAAAUAAGUGGAAGAAAAUGGUAAGGGAGGGAGGAAGACAAGGAAAUCUACCAGCACUUGAAAAAUUGAUGCUAACACACACACACACACACACACACACACACACACACACACCCCUGUAAUAUUUGCCUCGAGUUGACAAGGUGAGCCUAGAUCAGCAAAUGUUCCUCUAACGCGUUCACUCAGUCUUCACCUUCACACACUCGAGCCGAUACCAUACGAGGUGGGUUUAUUCAUAUUUCAAAAUACAUAAACCUUUUUAAAAAGAUUUCAUUCACACUGAAUCACUGUCACGUAGGAUUUAACAAAGAAAGAAAGAAAAAAAAACAACAAAAAAGUGUGAGAGAGUGUGUGUGGAAAAAGGUUUACCACUACACGAUUAGUCAACUGAACACGACCGCACUGUGGGCAACAAUCUGAUGGAAAGAUUUCGAAUCGUGAUGGACAGACUCGGCUGUUGUUUGGUGAAAAGGUCGCCGCUUUUAAUCCACAUGGCGUGACGUGUGUAAAGAGUCAGUUCUGCUUUUCAUAUUAGGCUCGUAAAUAAGACUUGGUGAAACGCAGGGGCUUUCCAAUACACUAUUAAUACUACACACUUUGAGAAACAAGUUCCUAAGAAGCGGAGAUUUUGGCAGGAUUGACGCAAGCAGCGCGCGCAUUAAAAGGUGACAAUCGCACCGAACUGACUAGCAUUAAAGCGUCUUCCUUUCGUCUGUGGUCUGGGCAUGACGUCCUGUUGAUGCACACGUCGUGCUUGUUAAAAAUAGAACCUGUGUGUGUGUGUGUGUGUGUGUGUGUGUAGUAGCAGCGAUGGAUGUUUGCAAGAGCUUUGUGAAACUGCAAGAGUGUAAAAGCCCCUAACAUUACAUGACCUUUCUGUGUUUACCCAGAGGGAACCCGCCUCCUCACAUACUUCUUCCACAAACAGUGGAAAGACAGACCGAAGGCGGAUUCCCCCAUCGAGGCAGCGAUAGCGCAGGACAAACCACCCCUCCCGCCUCCUCCUGCCUUCCUCACACACAAACACACACUCGCACAGAACACGUGGCCAACCACAGGAGGAGACACACACACACACACAUGGACAUGGAGCGCGAGCAGAACAAGGUGAAGCGUUUCCUCAAGCUGGGUUACUCCCGCUCGGACAUCGUGCGAGUCCUGCAGACGCUCGAGCGCGACGCGCAGACCAACGACAUCCUCCAGGAGCUGAUCAAGACGUGUCGCACUAACGUCACUGGAGCACCGGGGGCGCCGGAGAGCAGCCCUCAGCUCGUCCCGCGAGGAUGUGGCUCGUCGCUGCAGCACAAACACGCCGACACCGCACACGCCGACUCGAACCCCUUCAGGCCCGUGGUCAUAGACGGCAGCAACGUAGCUAUAAGCCACGGGAAUAAGACGGUGUUCUCGUGCCGGGGGAUCCAGCUGGCCGUGCAGUGGUUUUGGGACAGGGGGAUUCGCGACAUCACCGUGUUCGUGCCUAUGUGGAGGAAAGAACAGUCGAGACCUGAGGCUCCCAUCACAGACCAGCACAUACUGGAUGAGCUGGAGAGCAGGAACAUCCUGGUGUACACGCCCUCGCGCUGCGUCAACGGCAAGCGGGUGGUGUGUUACGACGACCGCUACAUCAUCAAGCUGGCCGUCAGCUCGGACGGCAUCAUCGUGUCCAACGACAACUACCGCGACCUGCAGCAGGAGAAUCCCAAAUGGAGGAAGUUCAUCGAGGAGAGGCUGCUCAUGUACACGUUCGCCAACGAUAUAUUCAUGCCACCUGAUGAUCCACUUGGGAGAAACGGGCCCACCAUCGAGAACUUCCUUCGAAAGAAGCCUUUAAUAUCGGAGACCAAGCUCCAACACUGUCCUUACGGAAAGAAGUGCACCUACGGUGUGAAGUGUAAAUUCUACCACCCUGAACGCUCCAACCAACCGCAGCUCUCUGUGGCCGAUGAACUGAGAGCGAAGAGUCAGCCGUCUAGCGUGACUGAGGACUUUCCCCAGUCCACGGACGGACCCUGCGACUACCAGACGGUGGCCAUGCUGCCCUUGUUACACCACGACGAGCUGACUCGCGCUCUUUCCGGUCUCGAUCUCUACUCUUCCCCGCAUGAAACACAAAGUCCCACCGACCUGCAGAGGUCCCUUCCUGCUUUGUACAAGAGCAUUAAAAGUGACCAGGCCUACGGCUCGCUGGAGGGCUCCAUGUCCCGCCUUUAUCUCAGUGACUCCGCCCUCCAGACCUCACUAGCCUACAGCAGUGGGUGUAUGACUGGAAGCAGUAGCGAUUACUUCCUGUCUGGCAGUUCUAGCCUGCAGCAGAGGCGAGCCCGCAGUCCUGACGUGCCCUCGCGCUGCUACAGCCCUGACCUCCACACACUCUCGCGCUGCCAACACACACACUCCGACGUCGGGCUUGGUUACCCUCACCCGCUUUAUCCGAACCACGGAUAUCAACACCGCACCGCUUAUAAAAACAGUAACGCACCUUUUAGCAACGAGGCUCUACAUUAUCCUCAGUCGACGUCCAACCAACUCAGGGUACCGGACGUGUGGGGUCAAGUCCAACCUGAGGUCAUUAACGGGGACAAGCUGACGGACAGGAGGAGGGAUGUGAGGUCUCAGCUUAGCACGAUUUUCCCUCAGAGCAUCGUGGACCAGGUUAUGAGUUUAUACCCACACACACUGGAUACAACAGAGCUGGUCAUGCAGAUCCAGAAAUACAGGAACAGUUCCUUGCUUUAAACCGCACAAGCUGGUAAUUAAUCCACAAACGUGAGCCGCGGCAACCGUCACGCUCCAUCGGCGAUGAAUUACAGACAGUAACUGGUUUUGUAAGAUUUUUUUUUUAUCAUCCGGACGCUCAGUGAACUUCACAGUGCAAGAGCAGUGCUGUUACUGUUUGUUUGUUUUUUUUUGUUUUUUUUAAAUACUCACAAACCAAAUGUCAAAUUUCAGUUUUUAAAUCACUGAAAUCUGAAGUCUGAAAAGGUAGCGAGGGCGCAGAAUCGCAUCCUGAUCACGUUACAAUCUGAAGCUGUUGCGCAAAGGCGAGCUUCACCCAACUAAUAAAGGAGACACGAUCCUGACUUUUCUUUUGCGCUGGUGCUAAGAAGUAAUGAAACUUCAUCUCGCUUCAAUUAUUUUACCUACGCGUAUCCCUCAGCCUCAAACCACAUCUGGCUCUCCUCCAGCGUUAUCACACGGACUCACCGGCGGACUUCCUGUGAUCGAGAAACACGGAUGAACAAGACCUCCCCGUGUAGCCGGACGCUCGCCGGGCAGCCGUUUUUGUUUUACAAAAAUCUUUUUUUCCGUACACUUUUCUGGCCACAGGCCUCAGAAUCCUCCUCGCAUGUUUGCUGAUGGGAAAGGUUCUGCGGUUUGGCGCGUACCGUGUCGGUAAAUGAGCUCUUUCUGUGAAAGUAGGCGUCUCCUGGUCACGAUUACGAUGAAGCAAAGCGAGACUAGGAUGAAGCACUGUCACUUAGAUACGUUAGCGUGGGAGCUCCAGCGCAAAAUGCAAGCAAAUACUGCACAGAACACUCCGUAAAGUUGAUUUAUGCGUUAAAAAAAAUAAAAAUAAUAAUAAUAAAGUAUUCUUUUUAAAAGCACCUGCCCUGUAUAGUAACGACAUAGAAACAGAAAACAAGACUGUGUGUAUAUAUGUGUGUGUGUAUCUGUAUAUGUAUACCUCCUGAUACUGUAAAAAGACCAGAUGAAUGUAUUUCCCGGGACGACGCUCCGUCUUUAAAGCCGUCGGCACCCGGUUUGCUGUAAUUACUCAUGACUAGUUGCUUCUUGAAUGUGAACGUGAAGACUGACCUUCUCUGAGAGUAAACGUGGUCUCACUCGACUCACGACGACGAGUUGAGGAGUAGAACGUUGACGUGAACGGAAAUAAACCGAAGAACCGGAGUACAGCUUUGGUUUGGAUUUAGGUUUUUCCUGUGUGCUGCUUUGGCACAAAUGUAACCUUAAAUAAAUAAACAAACAAACAAAACGAUGAGUACGUCCUCAAGGAGGACGGGGAUCGUAUGACUACUAGUUGAUAUGUGAUGUAGCUAAGAUUAGCGGAAUCCUUUGCGCCGUUUGUAUUGUCUGAAUGUGCUUCCGGUUUGUUACGACCUAAUGAUUAAAAAUAAGCUAUAAUGGCUUUCAAAAGAUCUCUCGCCUGUGUGUUU